UAGCAAUUAGCAAGACCUUAAUCAGCCCAACGAUUUCAGUCGUCUCUCCCAAAAGCAAAAGGAGUCCCCGCUGCAUUCCCUCAACAUUCUCCCCGUCUUGUCGUCCGCAACAACACUGUGAGUCUGUGACACCGUAACCCACCUCAUAAGGAGAGAGCACUCAAGCAGGCUUGUUUAGGUGUGUGUGAGAGCGAGUGGUCGACUGCAAUGAGAGAACGCCACGUGUCAAGCCUCUUUACUCCUUUUUACUGGCAGGGCACUUACAAAGGUUCAAUUUGUUGAACUGAACCCCACUGAAAAGAGAAGAGAGCAGAGAAGGGUGUUUUCGUUUGUAUUUUCAAUCAAAUCUGCAUUUAACCAGCCUCUCUCUCUCUCUCUCUCUCUCUCUCUAUCUGAAGGUCUUGGUAGCUGAUUUCUCAUCAUCAAAGGAUGGGCACAAUUGAUGAUAAGUGGGGUGACGAGUGCUCUGUCAUUGGAGACAAGGGUGAAAUUGAGUAUAUCGAUUAUCAAAAUGACAAAUCUGUGUGUAGUUAUGAUCCCAGUGAAGAGGGUCCUAUUGUCAUUUCUGCCCCAUUUCCUUUUGAAGAGGGGAAGCCCCGAUCAGUGUUUGUUGGGGAAACUGCUAUUGAUUCAAUUACUAUUAAUAACACCACCGCUGAAGCUGUUGAUUUAUGGACCAAAAUUUAUGCCUCAACUCCUGAGGAUUCUUUUAAGCUUUCAUUGAUGAAACCUCCAUCAGCUAAUGAUGUUAAGUGCCAAGAAGGCUUCAUGGAUUUUUCAGUAAUGGAGGAUCGAAUGCUUCAGCCUGGCGAGUCGUUAACCAUUUGGUUAUCCUGCAAACCAAAGGAACUUGGCUUGUACACUACUGUGGUGCAUUUUGAUGUUGGCAAUGAUAGGGUAGAACGAGUGGCCUUUUUGUUGGCUGAUGAUAAUAUAUCUCAGUCUUUGGCUUCCAAAAAGCCUUUCUCAAGAGGCCAAAGGAAGAAAAAAUUCUCCACAGAUACCUUUGUUUCUGCGGGAUCACGUCCAGCAAGGGCACCAGGUCGAGCGUACAAAAACAGGCUUCCUCGUUAUGAUAUUCCUAACGAUAUUAGAGCAUUGAUUGAGAGAAAGCAGAUCCCUGAUGUUAUCAUGGGAGGUCUAACGAUAGACAAUUAUGCUUCCUACUUCAAAACACUGUUGAUCAUGGAAGAAAUACAACUUGAGGAAGACAUGAGGAGUCAUGACAUGGAGUGUGUUACGAUGAGGAGGAAGGGGAAUUAUCUCUCCCUUGUGGUCCCAGGGCUUGCGGAACGGAGGCCCUCCCUUGUUCAGGGGGAUGAUAUUUUUGUAAAGCUUGCAGAUGCAGAUGACACAACAACUCCAUAUCAGGGCUAUAUUUACCGGGUCGAGGCUGAUGAAGUGUACUUGAAAUUUGACCAAGAAUUUCACUUGUGCCAUAAUGAUGGACAUCUUUACAAUGUGCACUUCAAAUAUAAUCGAGUCAGUAUGAGAAGACUGUAUCAGGCCAUUGAUGCUGCAAAGGAUUUAGAGACAGAGAUGCUAUUUCCAUCAGAGGCCUCUGGAAGUAGGCUCAUUGAAACUUCUACUCUGGUGCCUAUAUCUUGUAGUCUUAAUGAGGAGCAGAUCUGUUCAGUGGAGAUGAUCCUUGGCUGCAAAGGAGGCCCACCUUACGUGAUUUAUGGGCCUCCAGGUACAGGCAAAACCAUGACAAUUAUAGAAGCAAUUCUCCAGCUUUAUCAAAACAGAAAGCAUGCUCGGAUUCUUGUCUGUGCACCUUCAAAUAGCGCAGCAGAUCACCUGUUAGAGAAGCUUCUCAGUGAGGAGGCUGUUCACAUUCAAGAGAAAGAAAUAUUCAGGCUCAAUGCAACAUCCCGUCCAUUCGACGACAUCAAGCCCGAUCUUAUUCGUUUUUGUUUAUUUGAUGAGCAUAUCUUCACCUGUCCUCCACUCGGUGCUCUUACUCGUUAUAGAAUCAUCAUAUCAACUUAUAUGAGUGCCUCUCUUCUCAAUGCUGAGGGUGUCAAGCGAGGACAGUUCUCUCAUAUUUUCUUGGAUGAGGCUGGCCAGGCUUCAGAACCUGAAAGCAUGAUUUCUGUAUCGAACUUCUGCAACAGGGAUACAGUUGUUGUUCUUGCUGGAGACCCCAUGCAAUUGGGCCCAGUAAUAUUCUCCAAAGACGCAGAGAGUUAUGGACUGGGGAAAUCGUACUUGGAGAGGCUCUUUGAGUGUGAAUCUUAUGACAGUGGAGAUGAAAAUUAUGUGACAAAACUGAUAAGAAACUACAGAUGUCACCCAGAGAUUCUGCAUCUUCCUUCAACUUUGUUCUAUGAGGGAGAAUUGAUAGCCUGCAAAGAGUCCAAUGAUGAUUCAACUUCCUUGAUGACUUUGACAAACCUUCUUCCAGGAAAGAACUUUCCUGUUCUCUUCUUUGGCAUCCAGGGCUGUGAUGAGAGGGAGGCAAAUAACCCAUCGUGGUUUAAUCGAAUCGAAGCAAGCAAGGUAGUGGAGAUUGUAAAGAAACUGGCUACUAGGGGUAACCUGAGCGACAGUGACAUUGGGGUCAUCACACCUUAUAGGCAGCAAGUACUCAAACUAAAGAAGGCACUGGAAAACAUAGACAUGUCUGACAUUAAAGUUGGGAGUGUAGAACAAUUUCAAGGACAAGAAAGGAAGGUUAUCAUUGUAUCUACUGUCCGAUCAACAAUCAAACACAAUGAUUUUGACAGGGUCCACUGUUUGGGAUUCUUAAGCAACCCGAGAAGGUUUAAUGUAGCCAUUACUCGUGCUAUAUCUCUGCUUAUUAUUACCGGGAACCCACACAUUAUUAGUAAGGACCAAUACUGGAAUAAACUUCUAUGGCACUGUGUAGAUCAUGACUCCUAUCAGGGUUGUGCUCUCCCAGAAAAAAGACUGGAGUGUGUUGACAACUAUCCAACAUAUGAGGAUCGUGUCAACUAUGAUGGAGGGCCUGUGACAAAUGAAGCUGAUUGGUGUGAUGGUUGGCAACCUUCAUCCUCUGGAGAAGUAGGAUGGGAUCAUCCAGGGUCAUCUCAAGCAGAAAUUCCAGAACCCGUGACAGAUGAAGCUGAAUGGUCUGAUGGUUGGCAGUAAGGUUUAGUUGGUGUCUGUUUACAUAAAAGCAGGAGGAAUGGGUAUUUUAUAUUUUGGUGUGGAUUUUUGUCCCUGCAUGCGGCCCCCUUUUGCUGUUCUUAUGUUGGAAAGCACAUGAUGAGUCAAGAGUCAAAGAAUUGAGCUCAAGUUAUCGGAUUUGGGAUACCUCUUUAGUCGUGCCAUGAAAUUUGAUCAAUUGUAUUUGCAGAAAGGGUACUGGAAUUUUAUUUCAUAUAAUUAUGAAAAAUUAAAAGAGAAAUAGUUGGUUUCA